CCGGCCCGUGUAGCGGCUCUCUCCGUCGUCUUCGUCUCUUCGGCUUCAAGAAAGAAAAUAAAAGCGGAAGGCACCGUCUCUUAUAGCGGCGGCGACCGGUGAGACACCAAAGGCGUAGAUCACUGUCGCGGAUCGAAGAAGAGGAGGACCGACAUGGCGUGGCAGCAGGCGAUGGGAUCUCACGCCGCGGGCGGGAGCCAGGCGCCACCGGCGGCGGCGGGAGGAGGCGAGACGCAGCGGACUCAGUAUCCAUAUGUGACUGGUACUUCUGUCAUUGCCUUGAAGUACAAGGAUGGUGUGAUCAUGGCAUGUGAUACUGGAGCCUCCUAUGGGUCAACUUUGAGAUACAAGAGUGUGGAACGCAUUAAGGCAGUUGGCAAGCAUAGCCUCAUUGGAGCAAGCGGAGAGUUCAGUGAUUUCCAGGAGAUUUUGCGCUAUCUCGAUGAACUAACUUUGUCAGAUCAUAUGUGGGAUGAUGGGAACUCUUUGGGCCCGAAAGAGAUCCACAGUUAUUUGACAAGGGUAAUGUACAACAGACGCAACAAGUUUGAUCCUCUGUGGAACUCCCUUGUCCUUGGCGGAGUUAAAAAGGGCCCAAAGGGCGAUGAGAAGUAUCUUGGGAUGGUUAACAUGAUUGGUACCCACUUUGAGGAAAACCAUGUUGCUACUGGGUUUGGAAAUCAUCUGGCGAUCCCCAUACUCAGGGCUGAAUGGCGCGAGGAUAUGACUUUUGAAGAAGCUGUUAAGCUGGUUGAGAAGUGUUUGCUGGUCUUGCUGUACCGUGAUAGGUCAUCUAUCAACAAAUUCCAGAUUGCCAAGAUCACAACUGAAGGAUCAACCAUCUACCCACCAUACUCCUUGAAGACCUACUGGGGCUUCUCUCAUUUUGAAAACCCAGCCCAGGGUGCAGUAGGGUCAUGGUAGAUUUAUGCUGCUCACAUGUUGCAUAUCAAUCGUGCCAUGAACUUAGGGGGAAGCAAUAUAUGUGCCUUUGGCAAUGCUUUCAGCCCUUGUGAAUGUUUGUUCUGAACAUCACUGAAACUUCGCAUUUGCUUUGUAUGACGUGACAGUUGUGAUUCAGAGAGUUUAAUUCUUGUGAACGUUAAAAUGUGGAUGUGGAUUUAAAUGGUUGCGAUUUC